AAGACUAGAGAGCAGAAUCUCCCUCUCUUAUCCUAUUGAUCAUUGCUGAUGGCUCAGAGAGGGCAGGCUCGGGGGUCUGGAGAGAAAAGAUCCUGACCUUAGCCAUUCCCCAGACUGCAGAUCACCAAGGCAAUGAUACAGUGUAUCUGUAUCCUAUUCACACCCUUCCUGCAGUAUCUCACAUUCAUAGCACCUCAAUAGAUGUGGCUGCCUAGUGUACCUCUUAUGCUGCUACACAAAUCAGCUCGUUAUUCUUUUUAUUACCCCUAGUGCUACCCAACAUACAUUGACUUACAGCUGCAUCCUGGGGGGAGAUUUUAUAUUUCAAUGAAUUCCUGAAGACUUUUAAAAAAUGGACUUACAGCAUGCUUGCAGGUUUCUGGCGCUCGGGCUCUGGCUUCUCAUCUCGGGGAGUAUCAACAUAGGCACUGAAGGAACUGAAGAAAAUGUGAAGCUCCUACGUAUCCACCGACACCACCUAGGGACUGUAAAAGGUGGGCUAGCCCAGUCUGUAGUUCUCCCUUGCCUUUUUCUUCUACGUACGUCUCAGUCCCAGCAAGGCGCAAAUACAACAAAUGAGUCGCCACGCAUUAAGUGGAGUCGUAUCCAGCCUGGGCCAGAACAGAAAAAAUUGGCUGUGUUGGUGGCUCGUGAGAAUGUCGUGAAAGUUGCUCGUGGCUAUGAGGGAAGGGUUUCAUUGCCUGGAUAUGCUCAUAAUCGCUACAAUGCCACCCUAGUCUUGUCCUCUGCCCGUUCCAGUGACUCAGGAGUGUACCAUUGUGAGGUGGUCCUAGGGAUAGAAGAUGAACAGGAUACUGUGCAGUUGGAAGUGACUGGUCUAGUGUUCCAUUACCGGGCAGCCAGUAACCGCUACGCUUUGACAUACCCAGAGGCCGUGCUGUCUUGCCAAGAGAACUCUGCUGUGAUUGCCUCCCCGGAUCAACUGCAGGCCGCGUUUGAAGAUGGCUUGGACAAUUGUGAUGCUGGCUGGCUUUCUGAUCGAUCCGUAAGGUACCCAAUCAAAACCCCCAGGCCUGGUUGCUAUGGAGAUAGAAAUAACCUUCCUGGUGUAAGGACUUACGGAGAACGAGACCCACAGGAGAACUAUGAUGUAUAUUGUUAUACUGAAGAUUCCCAAGGAGAUGUGUAUUAUAUUCCGGAGAGGAGCUCCCUAGAAGGCGCAAGAAUCAACUGCAUGAAGGAUGGAGGCUUACUAGCAACUGUGGGACAUCUGUACUCUGCUUGGAGGAAUGGUUUGGACCAAUGUGACCCAGGGUGGCUAGCAGACAACAGUGUGCGUUACCCAAUUAGGAACCCAAGAAGAAAUUGUGGUGGCCAGGAACCAGGCGUAAGGACUCUGUAUCAAUACCCAAACCGGACAGGAUUCCCAAAUCCCACAAGAAAGUUUGGAGCUUAUUGUUACAAAGUUCUUAAAGAAGCAACCCCCACCCCGAUGUGGAAUGAACAGCAACGACCAGACUUCAUGCCACAGGAGGACCUUGGGCAGAUAAAGCCAGAACUUCAAAGUCAAGAGACUGGACAGGAAAUACAAUUGGAAUUUAAUAAUGCUUUGCCUGCCAAUGACAGUCUAAAAUCUGCUACAAGACAUGGGUUAUUUCAGAUGGAGAGCGGUGAUCCAGUAACACCCAGGGGCUCAGAGGUAAUUGAAAAGGAGAUCAGUGCCUUAUCUUCAAAGCUGCUUCCGCCAGCUUCAGCUGAUAAACAACAGACAGUGACCAGUGAACCACUUGGCGGGAGUUAUCUCCAUAAUGUUCAACUGGAGACAUCAGCCGUUACAGAAAUGUAUAUGUUGAAUGGAAUAGUCACACAUAAAAUACAUGAGACCGAGGCGACUACAGCCACAGACAAGGAAAAAGUUAGACAAUCUGCAGUUCCCAAAGCAGAAGAAGAUGAUUGGGUAUUAAAUAUGGUGGAUAGGGAGUCCAAAGUAAGCCACAACACCUGGCAAGAAUUUGCUGAACCAUCAGUUCCAGAUUCUUCAGAAGAAUCUCCAAGUAUCGAAAAAUCAUUAGAAGAACGUACACUGACCAAGCACACAAAUGUUAUCUCUGAGGAGACACAAAACUCAUUGCAGUUUCCUUGGCUUUUCGGAGACAGGGAAUUUCUGACAUCAUCAACAGUUCAACCUGAAACUUAUGAACUUGCUUCUCAUUCGUCUACUAAACUAAUAGACAAUGAAGAGCAAAGAAUGGACAUUAAUUUUGCGUCAAACCAGACUAGUUCAUCAGAGGUAUCUAAUGUGCAUACAAAUCUUGAUCAGCAGAAUUUUCACCAACAUCUCAGCAAACUGAAUUUGGAAACUGAGAGUGAGAAAGAGCUGUUGCCAAACCAUCAUGUGGUAAGCAACAUGCUAGAAUUUGGCAUUGAACAAACCACUGAAGGUCAUCACAGCAGAAUCCAUCUUCUUCAGGGUAGCUUGCCGUCUUUUUCUAAUAAAGUCAAGGGCGAUGAAAGAAGAAAUCAAGGAUUGACUGACCUAGGUUAUCACGCGAAAGAAGACAACUUGACAUCUACUGCUGUCCAUCCUGAUGCUGUUGACAGCGAUGAUGGUAAAUACCAUGGACAGACAUCAGUUUCAGAUAUAUUCGGCAUCAAUCUGUCAAGUACAACAGAUCCCCUGGGUAAUGGUAGGCAAAAGGCUUAUCACCUAGAAGAAUGGGGUAGGAAGAGCGAUUACUCAAGUUAUGAAAAAGGUAUACCAUUGACUGUGAGGCCAUCAAGUACAGCAGAUCCAAUAUCAGGGGAUAAUCGAAGUAACAGACUUGUCAUUCAAACAACUAAAAUGUCUGAUAUAAUACAGAGUUGGAGUCACCCAGACAAUCCUGACAGAGAGAAAGGCAAUUCUUAUGAUGAUCAUACCCAGAUUAUAUUGGGAAAACCUCACAAAAACAUAUCUGUGGAUAGGGACAUUGUUGAUGGUAUUUCAGGAGACAUAAAGAUCUGGAAUGAGCACAAACAUACUCAGACAACGGCAUCAGGAUUCCCAUUUACUGCUAACUCAACCUUGGGUAGUCAGGUUUUAGAUGACUUCUUCUUCCCAACCACAGGACUUCCUAACACUGCAGGUUCAUCUGUAGCUAGUGUAAGUGAAACAACAUUGCAUAGACACGAAGAGGAACUGUAUGCAAAUUUUCAAGAAAGGCAAGGCAAAGAGAUAACUUUCUCAGAAAAACUGGCCUCUGCUUUAAAGGAAGAUUUAAAACAGGUAGAAGUAAAAAGUACCUUCCCAAGUGAACUAAAUGUGUUCUCCACAAAUGCUCCAUUUUUAGAUUAUGACCACUCACUGCAAAAGAGGAAAGUGGAGACUAUGUCUAGGGAAGCUCAGCAUGAGACUCACACCACAAAUACACAGAAUGCACAAAAAUUAGAGGAUUCUACAGCAGAUGACAAUUUUCCAUCAUUGCCCCAUCUACCAAGAACAGAAGGGCCAGCUACUACAGAUGCCCCUCAUUUGCAUAAUUACAGCUUGAUCCCAGACAUGGGAAAACAUAUUUUCAGUACUCAAAGCUCUAAGGAUGUGGCUGAGAUGUCUUAUAGUGCACACAAUCAGUUGUCUGCACAACUCAACUGGAAGGAAGAUUCCAAUCAUUUAACUCAAAUGUAUGAAACAGCUACUGAGGCUUUUCUCAUGGCACGUGAAGAGGGUGAGGCAGUUGAUGAGGGAUGGACCACUGCUACAAAGCAGAUUUUUAAGGAUGUUCUAGAAAAUGGUGACUCUACAGCAACAGUACUUAAGGGUUCACCCUUAACUAGAGAACAUACAAAAGUUGACGGUGCUCAUGGAACAUCAGUGUCUCCUUACACCUUUAGCCAUGUCAGUGUAACUGUUCAAAGUGAUUUAAAUGGAUUGCUUGAAAGUCCUAAGAAUGAAAAAGGAAGCUUGAAAAAUCUAGCAGUCACAACAAAGUCAACAGACUUAUUACAAAAACUUAGUGAACUUAAAGUCCACAUGAGUUCUGGAGAAGAACAGGAGCUUGAUGUCCAGGGUCCCUCUGUAUUCCCUCCUUAUAAGCUCAAUGCCCACUCUGAUAGAUCCAGGCAGAUGCUAUUGACUUCCAAAGGAGACCCCGAGGGAUCUGAGACAGAAGAGACAUGGUCUGAGGACAAAGAAGUGGAAGACGACUUGGGAAGUACAGGAGAAGGGGAAAGUGCCCAGUGGUUGGUGGAAGAUCAUACAAGUACACAAGGGGAGCCUCAACCAUGCUCACACAACCCUUGCUUGCACAUGGGGACCUGUCAGUCCAAUGGGAGCACCUACAGCUGCCAUUGCCACCGAGGUUACACUGGGGAGAACUGUGAAAUAGAUAUUGAUGAAUGUCUCUCAAAUCCUUGUCAGAAUGGUGGGACCUGCAUUGACGAAAUCAACUCCUUCCUGUGUUUGUGUUUACCAAGCUAUGGAGGAAGCACAUGUGGGAAAGACACUGAGGGCUGUGACCACAACUGGCAUAAGUUCCAGGGUUCGUGCUAUCGGUACUUCCCUCAGCGACGUCCUUGGGAAGAGGCAGAGAGAGACUGUCGCCGGCGGGCCGGUCACUUAACCAGCAUUCAUUCAGAAGAUGAACAGAAAUUCAUUAACAGUUUUGGCCGAGAGAACACAUGGAUUGGUCUGAAUGACAGGACAGUGGAACAGGAUUUCCAGUGGACAGAUAAUACAGCACUGCAAUAUGACAGCUGGCAGAAGAACCAGCCGGAUAAUUUCUUUGCUGGAGGAGAAGACUGCGUGGUCAUGGUUUCCCAUGAAGAGGGCAAGUGGAAUGAUGUUCCCUGUAAUUACAACUUACCUUAUAUCUGUAAGAAAGGAACAGUCCUUUGUAGUUCUCCUCCUGUGGUGAGAGAUGCUUAUCUUAUUGGCAAGAAACGAGAGAAAUACAGCAUCCAUUCCACUGUACGCUAUCAGUGCCAGGAAGGAUUCAUACAGAGGCACAUCCCAACCAUCAGGUGUCACCGCAACGGGGGGUGGGACAGACCAAGGAUCCUUUGUGUUAAACCUAAAAAAAAUCAUAGGGCACGAAGACACCACCACCAACACUGGCAUCAUCCACACAAGCAACAUCACCACCACAACCACCACAACCAUCACCACCAUCACAAUCAUCAUCACCAGCACAAAUCCCACCGUGAAAGGAGGAAAGAAAACAGACACCCACACCAGAAAGUUAAGGACGCCUACUAUUAAUUCAGCUCUCCAGUUUCAUAACCCCUGUGUGUCCACUUCCGGCUGACAAACCAGGCUAUUUUUAUGGAAGCAUCCACUGCUUUGAACAACACUCAACCAUGAUGCAGAAGAAGACUUAUCAAUGCCCAGGUUCACUUAAAAAUAAGGUUUCCUGAGAUUCAUUAGAUUCUUUUGGCUAAUAAAUGGCUACGGAUUUAUUACAAAAUAUUUUUUUUAACUUAAUUUGGUGGUGAUCUUGUAUGUUUUGGCUCCAUGUAGCCAGAAGACUACUCUGAAACACAGAAUCGUGAUUCAUAAGAUGUGUCCAUGUAAUCCAGAUCUGUUUUAUUAGGGACUUCUAUUAAGGACAUGGUAAUUUAAAUGCAUUAUGUGAACUCACGGUAUCAAAUGGCUCUAUUUUUAAGGGGCCAUGGAAACAUAUUUUGUAUUGGUCUUUUUUGUGGGAGAAUAACACCUGGAAACUGAAUUCCGACUUCGCAUGAAGAUUGUUCAGUAGAGGUUAACAAAAGAUCACUAGUAGUAUUAUUUUAAUCAGUCUGUCUUGGAUUGUGGAUAAUGGAAAAAUGGUUGUCAUAUUUAUAAUCAGGUGUCCCAGCACAAAUUAAAUCAAUGACCCAACAUAUUUAAAAAAAAAAAUGGGUUUAAUCUACUUGUGGGAAACACAAGAAGUGCACAAAUAAAUAGUUUUCCAAAUUAUUUAAGAUGCUUUUAAAGUUAUCAAGUAUUCACCCCUGGUGACACUAAAUGUAAGAUGGUGCCGGAGGUGUUUGUUUUCCUGGUACAGAGAUCCCAGCUAAAUAUGUAUUCAUUUUUAGAUUGCUGUUCCCUUUGCAAGUGUCAGCAUUAGAGGACCAUUGUGCACUUGGAUUUGCUCCACGUUAAAUGAGCAUGUGGUCAUAUGAGUUUAUUAGAAGGAGGGCAUGCAGUGGAGCAAUGCGGGAUGUGUCUCUGAAGUUAAAGAAGCAGUAAAGCAAAAAUGCAUAUUGAUCACUCAGUGACAUGUCCAGUUGUGUCUUAAAAAAUGGCAUCGCCAAACUUCUCAGAAAUAUAUGAUGCUGUUUAUUAGUUUGCUCAUGCACCACAGAAUCUGGACUUUAGUAAGACCAGUUGAAGAAGAAAUGUCCAAUUUCAAGUAAGAACAGCUGUAUUUUGGCGUGAUGGGGUGCUAUUUUACAGAAAAGAUCUAUUGUUAAUGAGCGAUGCUGUUUUCAUGUAAAAUCUAGUUGUAUUUUGUCUCUAGUAUCUUAAUUGAACUCUGUGAUAGACCACAGAUGGCACAUACUCGAUCCUUUAACCAAUGGAAAAUAUCCAGGAAGGUUUAUUGGGUGGAGCAAGGUGAGGGGAAAAUGCAAAUGGGAGGGGAGGGGAAGGGAGGGAUGCACCUCUGUUUUGGGUUUCUUCAUGUUUGCUUAAAGAUAUGUACUGUGGUUCUGUGGUAGGAUGUUUUAACCCUUUAUUCUUCCCAUCCUUUUUGCUAAUAUUUUAAUAUGUGAGAGUGAGUGUGUAUCAAAAUAUGUGUGCGAGUUUCUUGGAACACCCUGGUUACCCCUUCAUUAGUAAAAGCUUGGAUUGCACCUUUUGGGAACACUGUCCUUAUUAUUUAAUAUAAUCUUUAUGUUUUGAUAUAUCAUCUCUUUAUUUUUAAAUUCAUGUGUAUUGAAAUUUUUUAUGUAUGUUUGGUCAGAUAAAAUGCAAUGUACAAUUGCAAAAUAGUGAGCAUUGGGUCAGAUAACUGACAAUUUGACUGAAGAUGCCUAAAGAUGGCUGUCAUAAAGAAGGAGAGGGAAAUAGGUUGGUAAAUAAUCUCUAUAAAAACAUCAAUAUAAAUGAAUUAAAGAAAUAUUAAUGAGAGGCUAUAACAUGAAGACUAUAUUAAGAUAUUAGCAAUGGAUGACAGUAUUCCUUUAAAGGCUCACCUUAUAAUUAAUAAUUUUUGGUAAUAAUUUUGGGUACAUACUUGAAACAUGGGUCAUAAUGAGCUUAUCUACAGUAGACGUUUCCUGUCUCUAGAGAUCCCUGGUCACAAUCCACAAAUGUAUCAAUGGAAGUGGUAACAUUGUGCUCUUGUGUUCCGUCUAUCGAUACCUGUGCCGUUCCUGGCAAUCACAAUGCAUUUGCAUGAGGUCAAGCUGAUGUAGGCCAUGCUCCAUGUACUCCGCACAAUAGCUAUAAAGUGAAGAUUUGAAGAGAUUUCCAGGGAAACUCAGCCAGUCCUAAUUGUAAAACACUGAUACUCCAGCAAAGGUACAGGUAGACAUAGAUACUAGAAGCAUUAGAAGAACUGACUGCAGUAUUUAAUUGUUGUGUUAUAAUCUAUAGAAAAUGUUUAGUGAAAGGCUAGGGGAGAAAUGUAAGAAAAAUUAGUAGUUUGGAAUAGGAGAUAAUUAUUAGAGUUCUAGAAACAGAGAGGAAAGAUACUGUAUUAACUUGAAUCUAAUGCGCCACCGAAUCUAAUGCGCACCUCAAUUUUUAAACCUGGAAGUUGAAAAAUGUUUUUACUGGCGC